AUGCCCAAAGCAUCAAAUAAAUCUAAGAUAGUACCUAACUGGCCGCAUCCUUUCCAACCUGUUAAAACUAAACAUUCCCCUCGAAAUUAUAUGGAAAGUAUUGAGUACCCAAAAUACUACCCUAUAAAUAAGAAACAAGAUAAAGUUAACAAAAUACCACCUGAACCUGUGAAUAAGCCUCAUUUUUUGAUUUAUCAAUUAAAUAAAAAUACAGAUGAAGUCGAUGAAGACUAUAAAAAGCGGCCAUAUGCGUCUACCGCAGCAGAUUUAAUUAUUGAUAAAGUUGACGACAAUGAAAAUGAUUUUGAUAAAAAUUUUUAUCAUGACCAUCUUCCUCCCGCUCCUUAUACAUAUGAUGGUUCUGUUGUGGCACAUUCUGCAUUAAUGUAA